GGUGCCUAGAUUGACAGAGGGACGGGGUCUCAUUCUAAAGUAGCCUUAUCCUGCACUGCUUCAACUGUCAAUGCAAAAUUGGACCCUUUCACCCAGUUUGUGAAAGCCUCUCAGGAAGUUCCUCCCAGGGGAAGCAGCAAUGAGCAACAGUGGUGCACGAGAGGGACCAGCCCGACAGGGUGCUGCAGCUCCUCGGCAACCUCCUCCAGCUGAGCCUCCAAAAAGAGGGCGUGGGAGACCCAGGAAACAACCUCAGGAGCUUGAAGGACCACCAGCCCCAAAGAGACCCCGAGGUAGACCAAGAGGAAGUAAGAAUAAGGGGCCACGAGCAGUUCAAAGGAAAGCUGUGCCUCCAGGAGAAAAAAGGCCCAGAGGAAGACCAAGAAAAUGGGUGAGUAGCUGUGAUAUGGGUGUUCCUCUGUCUUUAUAA